AUGAUUUCUGGCCGAGGACUAGGAAUCACAGGCGGAACUUUAGACAAAUUGGAAUCGAUUCCUGGCUACCAGAUACAAUUGAAUGAAAAAAAGAUGCAUGAACUUAUCCAGUCCACCGGUUUAUUCAUCGUGGGCCAGACACAACACAUGGUUCCUGCUGACCGUGUGCUCUAUUCAAUACGUGACAUCACCGGCUCUGUAAAGUCGGAUGCUCUUAUAACUGGUAAGCAUGUAAAAUAA